GAAUUCAGUCAGACUUCUCCAGCUCUGCUUAGAGACAUGAUGUUCUGGGAAGCUUUAGACGAAGAAAACUCACAAGAAGUGCCACAAGUCCAAUGGGAUGUCAAGGAAGCUACCCACGAACUAGCAGUACAAGCAGUUCCCGUCAUGGCAGACAGUAGCAUGCAAUGUGGUAGAGAGACUGCUGAGCGCAGUACGAGUAUGGAAACAACAUUCUGUGAUAAUGGAACUCAAACCGAAAUCACAAAGAUGUUUUCCACUGAUGUUCAGACCAGCAGUGAGUGCAUAGCGGUUGAGUCCAACGUAGUCCGGACCGAUGACAUUAAAGCAGAGGUAAGCACCAGCUUAGGUGUGAAAGAAACAAAAGCAGUGUAUCGAAUAAUAUUCGAAUAUUACUUGGCUGAUUUGGCGCAGCCAUGUCAUCAGCCUUAUUAG